ACUGUAAUUUCUUCUGCUAUACAUUUGGGACAGAACUAUAGGAAUACAACCAAGGAGAAUGUCACCUGUGAGGUAAAUUAUCUAGGGAUCCUGUUGGAUAUACAAAAAUACUUCGGGCUCAGCGAUGGGAAGACAGGUCUACUGCAGACAGUCUUCACCUUGUGUUACAUGCUGGCUGCCCCCAUCUUUGGAUACCUCGGAGAUCGCUACAACAGGAAGAUCAUCCUUGGAGCUGGUAUUUUCUUCUGGUCUGGUGUGACCUUGGGGAGCUCAUUCCUCACUGAGUCGCAUUACAGGAUAUUUGUUCUUUCACGAGGAUUGGUUGGCAUUGGCUCUGCCAGUUACUCCACUAUAGCACCUACCAUCAUUGCAGACCUGUUUGAGGAAGGAAGAAGGACCACAGCUUUAUCUAUCUUCUACAUCUUCAUUCCAGUGGGAAGUGGCUGUGGUUAUAUGCUGGCAGCUGGCAUGGCAAAAAGCACAGGCGACUGGCACUGGGCAUUCAGGGUAACUCCUUGCAUGGGAGGACUGGCACUGCUUCUCCUGAUUCUACUGGUCCCUCACAAGAUACAGAGAAGGACAGCAGCACACAGAGCACUGAGCAUCUCUGGCAUGAGAGGAAGAGCAGAUGAGAAGCCAGAUGUGCACAGAACCACCAAGACUACUUGGUGUCAAGAUGUGGGAUCACUUGUCAAGAACUGUAGUUUUGUCUGUUCCUCACUGGGUCUGACUGCCAUGGCCUUUGUCACUGGAGCCCUGGGAAUGUGGAUGCCACUGUUUCUGUACAGAGCUCAGGUUGUCCAGGGCCUUGUCCCACCAUGCCUCCAAGACUCGUGCAAUUCCUCUAACAGCCUAAUAUUUGGAGGCAUCACCAUUGGGACAGGAAUCGUGGGUAUUAUUGCUGGGGCAGAAGCUGCAAGACGUUUAAGGAAGAUAAACAACAAAGCUGAUCCUCUGAUCUGUGCCUCAAGCAUGUUCAUUUCUGCCCUGUGCCUCUACAUAGCUCUGAUGGUUGCCCAGACAAAUAUCCUUUCCACUUUUAUUUUUAUUGCAUUUGGAGAACUGUUUUUGUCUGUAAAUUGGGCUGUUGUGACAGACAUACUGCUGUACGUGGUGACGCCGAGGCGACAGUCCACAGCCAUCGCCCUGCAGAUUUUGGUGAGCCAUUUGCUGGGAGAUGCAGGCAGCCCAUACCUCGUUGGGGUUAUCUCCAAUGCUAUCCAGGCCAGGAACAGCCCGUCGCUGCAGUGGAGUUUCCGGAGCAUGCAGUACAGCUUUGUCACCUGUGCUUUUGUCGGGGUCUUUGGAGGAGGUUUUUUCCUCCUCACAUCUUUCUACGUCGAGGAAGAUCGGAAAGAAGCACAGAGGCUCUGAGGUGUCUGGGUGUCUUUAUAACUUUGAAACUCAGAUGUGGUGACCUGUUGGACACCAGCCAUGGUAUUGUCUCUGUAACAUUAAACCAUGUUAAAGUCUGCCUUAUGGUAAUGCCAUGUCAGUCUCUAUAAAAAAAGAGAAGGGCAAAAUCCCAGUGAAGUCUCAGGUUAAACAAACCUUCCACAUUGAGCAAAACAGACCACAGAGCUCACAAGCAAAACUCCUGUUAAUGCAAAAUGCUGCAGUACAUAGAAAUAACAUCCUUUACUGUAAUGCACCCCUGCAGACUUCAUGGAACAUGAGGUUCUUUCUCUACUCUGAUCUUUCUCAGCCCUGUAGAACCAGUCCUGUCUCUCUGUAGCACUUCUCUCUCUUCCCUAAAAGAAAUCAUAUUCAAAGUAUAAAACAUUUAGAACAAAACUUGAAUUGGACAGAGCCCUGUCCUCAAGCACCUGGAUUCUAACAGCCCCCUUCUGCUCGGACUUGGUUUUCCAGGUACCAGCAAUGAACUAUCCCUCAAAGGAAGAUGAACUCUGGGGAGAGAUUUGCACAGAAGAAAAGAAUGUCCUCCCUUUUUUCUUUCCUUUUUUGCUUAAUGAGAUACAGCUGGGGAAAAGGCCAAAUCACAAUUCCUCCAUAUGGCACAAAAUCCUGCAUACUGAAUUUUUGGAUGCUUUUGACCGCGAAUCAAAGAUUGCUCAUGCAUUGGCAUAUGGCAACUCUCCUCCCCCAUCCAUAACCAGGCCCUUGUCCUCUGUGGGCUGGGGAGCUCCAGAGGGUGUUUUACAGAGCUGUCACCAGCAUGACUGCUGACCUCAACAGGGAAGGAGCUUUUGAGGCACAACAUCUCCUGGAGAUUAGGGAGGCCUGUGAGUUUUCAGCAGGAUGAGAUUUGCCUGUAGAAUUUGGGAAAUGUAAGUAGUAAAAAGAGUGUUUUAACUUGUCUAAAAUGAGGAAGAGAAGCAAAACCAAUCAAAGUCAUGUCAGAUUCAAGGCUGGAGGGUUGUGAUAAUUUUAUAUAUAACAUCUUAAUGGCAUGCCUCUUCCUAAUAGUUGGAGGCUCUUCAAUGUAUCCUCAGGCCUUGGGUAAGAAUCUCCUCUCAUAAGUGAGCUGUAGUACCUGUAAAACCACUUAACUAUAACUGUCCAUUUGAACUCUUAUCUCCAAAGUGAAGGAGAUUUAGGAUGUGCAAUCUGCUGUCACAAUAUCAUGCCAGGUACCAAACAAGACAUGACCAGUGUGGCCAGCUUCCAUUGUUUAUCCUGGUUUAACUCCCAGUAGCACCUUAAAGCCUAAGCCUGAGGAAUAUAUUGGCAAGUGAAUUGUAAAAUGUUGUGAAUCUUGCAUGGUUCUCCCAGUAAAUCAUAAGGAUCAUAAAGCACAAUAUUCCUGUAAUGACUGUGAAUGUCUAGUGUCAUUGCAAAUAGCAUAAUUCGGCUACUGCAGUUUUUUGUUCUUGCCUCUGUCUACCAAUGUUUAAAAAAUCUGUUCUGAAAUCUGACUUAAACCUAGGGAGUGAAAUGUGACCAUUGUGGGAAAUAACUGAGAAAUUUUGGGAUACUCAGUGAGUGUAAUAAUUGUCUUUAAAAUAAAAGUUUGUAUUCUGAAA